AUGUAUGUGACGAGACGAGCCGUUCCCAGCUCAUUUACAAGCUUUAUCUUUUCAAGCUCUCGAUACUUGCACUCUCGAAGCAGCGUUCCUCGUGUGGUCGAUGAUAGAGAAAAGUCUUCAACAAAGUAUACAGAUGCAGGUAUGCCUCAUCAGCUUUUGAUUGGCUCCUUAAACUCAAGAAUUGGAUUAUAAUUUACAAGUUAUAUCAUAAACAUCUGGAAUUUUGCAGGAUACACGUUUCGCUAUCACCAAAACGGAAUAGAUCCGCUGCCGAGAAUCCCUGGCUGUCGCGUUUCAGUUGCCAAGCCAGCUCCGAAGAAGCGCGAUCCCUGGAAGGAAUCUAGUGCCAGAUUCGGUCAGAAUGACUACAUUGAUCUGCUGGGCGACGGCAGUCUUCACCCUGCUCAGCUCCAGUACCAGGCGCCAACGUGGCUUCGAGGGUUCCCCGGUCAGCAUCGCGCAAAUGAGCUGAUCAAACUUAUACACUACCGCAACAUGUACGAAAAAACGCUCAAGGAAAACUCACCCAAGCGAUGGCAUGAGCUGCGCAAACGCAUCAAGUACUUGUCUAUGUACCACAACUACAACAAGCAGGACGAAUUAGGAAGAGAAAGAGACCUUGGAUUGUGGGAAGAGCAACCUGACUAUUAUUAUAAAGACAAGUCCCGUCGGUCCUACAAGGACGAUGUUUUGCCUUGA